AUGUUCCUGUCAUUGUCCAUUGUACUGUCAAUGGUCCACUGUGUGCUGACCAUAGACCUUACCUACCAUGUGGAAGAAGAGAGAAGUCCAGGAACAUAUGUAGCAGACAUUGCUGCCGAUUCUAAACUUUUAGACAAUGUUAAACCAUCUGACCAACAUUUGAUAACAUUCAGUCAAUUCAAACGAAAGGUGGCACAGUUAUUUAACAUCACCAAAACAGGUAAACUGUACACUGCUCAGACACUGGAUGCAGAAGAUCUCUGCACAUUCAACAAAGAAUGUUCCAGAACUGUUAAAGUUAUUAUAAAGAAAGUGGAUAGUUUCACAAAAAUAUUAAAAGUCAAAAUAGUAAUAGAAGACAUUAAUGACCAUGAACCGGAAUUUCCAGAAAAACAAAUCACUCUACAAUUUAGGGAAGGUGAUGGGAGAGGAAGGAAAAAGUCGAUUCCAAAUGCCAUAGACAAAGAUGUGAGUUAUCAAAAUUCUUUCAUUGAAUACAAACUUAAAAAAUCUGAUGACUCAUUUUCCCUGUCAGUGUCUAAAAGAGCUGAUGGUAUUUCCUCGUUAAAUAUUGUUUUGAAAGAAAAAUUAGACCGAGAGAUGAAAGCGAAAUACAAUUUAGAAGUUAUUGCUAAAGAUGGAGGUUCUCCAUCUAAACAGAGUGUGUUAAAUGUUGAGAUUGUUGUCGAAGAUGAGAAUGAUAAUCCACCUGUAUUUUCAAAACCCCUUUAUAAUAUUUCAAUUAGAACCACACACGACAAGACAAAACCUAUUCUUACUUUGUCAGUGACAGACAAAGAUAUUGGAUCCAACAGUAAAAUUACUUUCCAUUUCAGCCCCAAAACUUCUGAUUUGGCAAAGAAAUAUUUCGAAUUGGAUAAAAAGACUGGCAAAGUAUUUUUAUCUAGAAUUUCUAGUUUGAAUGAAAAAAAUACUUUUGAAUUAUUUAUAGAAGCCAGAGAUGGAGGCAAUCCCCCAAUCAGUUCUAUUGCAACAGUUUUAGUAAAUGUUAUCAAUCAACACAACAAUCCUCCAUCUAUUGAUAUUGAUUAUGUUUCUGCGAUCAGUGACAAUACAGGUACCAUCUCUGAAAAGAUCAAAGUCGGUAGUUUCAUUGCUUAUGUGAUGGUCACUGACAAUGAUGUGGGACAAAAUGGAGAGGUCAGCUGUGAUAUCAAACAUGAUACAUUCAAACUACAGUCAAUGGGAUCUAAAGAAUAUAAAAUCAUUCUAAACAAACCAGUGGACAGAGAAACACAAGGACACUAUAACAUUCCUGUCUCCUGUCAAGAUAAAGGAUUACCUCCUCUCAAAAGUGUUAAAAGCCUCUCUAUCCAAGUGACUGACAUCAACGAUGUACAACCACAAAAAAUCCAAUCUCCAUUUCUCAUCACCAGUUAUGGCUUCAUUUCAGCGACCAUGUCAUUGGACAGAGAGAAACAAGAUGUGUAUAAGUUUGAGGUUUUUGUCAAAGACAAUGGAAGCCCAUCUCUGAAUGACACAGCGAAUGUUGUUGUUGAGAUUCUAGAUCAAAAUGACAAUGCUCCGUAUUUUACAUAUCCUAGUAGUGACCCUUACACGCUAAAUGUGCAGUACCAUCCGCAGAGUAAGAGUGACAUCACAGUUUUGAGAGCGUCUGAUGGGGACAGUGGAAACAAUGCUUUCCUCAGAUAUGCAAUCGUACAAGGAAAUGAUAAACAGUUGUUUAGUAUGAACUCACACAGUGGUGCUUUAUCCUUCUCCAGACAAGUUUAUCUAAAUGAUGCUGGAAGUUAUGAGCUGGUGUUUGUUGUUAAGGACAGUGGUAGUCCAGUUCAGUCGUCAACAACUAGUGUCACUUUGGUAUUGGCUGUUAGUAACGAGACAUCACCAAUGUCGAAGAGUGGACCUUUACAAUCUUCAGGUCGGGUCCAUAUGACAUGGGUUAUUAUCAUUGUAUCAUCAGCAGUAAUAAUAUCAGUGGCUAUUGUUGUUUCUAUAACGCUGUGUAUUAUGAAAUGUAUUAAACACAGAGAUAACACAGCUGCUACCACAAAGAAUACAGCCUACCAAGGUAGAGCAGAGAUGAAACAAUUGUUGUAUCAGACUAACACUUCUGUUGCUAUGUCGAGGAAUGCAGAAGAGAUGGUGAAGCGGAAUAUCUAUUCUGAGAGAUCCAAGAGUGAAUGUUAUGCAGAAGGUCAGCUACAGAACAAAUAUGAAUCUUCAGUUCAGUCGAGAACUUUACCAAAACCUACCCCAAAAUACUGUCAACCUGUUGUGGUGACAUCAAGUGAUGAUGCUGUGGAAGAUAAUGCUACUAUGGUUUGUAACUAUACAUCAGAUACAAUGUCAUCCAAGAGAAGUGGUAGACAAGGAGACCUGAAACAUUAUGAAGAAAUACCAGGAGUGUCAGAUCAAAAUUUAUAUAAGAAUAAUGAUGCAACUACGUCGAAAGAGUCCAGUGAAGAAACUCCAGUCAAACAUGUAUAAUACUUUACUUUGUGUAA